CCAGGAUCGGGCAGCUAGAGUGGGACCAGCAACAGGCCAAAAGCAGGCUGUCGACAAGCAAUGUCAGUCAACCUUUCCUCCAUCAACUUCUACCUCAUUUCUGGCAUUGAGUGCUUCAUCACUAGACCGGCCACUUUAGUCUUCAUCACAUUCUACAUCACAAACAUCCUCCUCCUCCUCCCUCUCUGUAUCUUCAUCCUCUACUUGGGUCUUCAACAACGACGCUCCACCUCCACAGCAGCAAUGACGAGUCACUCAGACAGCUUCACCUACCACAUGGUUGCCAUGGAGCUGAUUGGUGUCUUCGGAUGUAUCCUCAUCCUUUGUGGUCUCUAUAGGGAUCAUGUGAUUGUAUCUUUUGUAGGGUUUUGUCUUUGGUCAUUCACCUGGUAUGGAGAGACGUACUUUCAGAUCCUGACCUGCGUGGAGCGCUACCUGGCUGUCGUUCAUCCCAUCACCUAUCUGAGCCUGAGAAGGGAGAGAGGGAUCAGAAUCAGAAAUAUCAGCAUUGGGUGUAUUUGGCUGAUUUGCUUUGGAGAAACAAGCCUGAUGACUCUAGAAAAUGUCUGCUUAAUCAUAGAUUUCAGCCUCUUGAUUUUUUCCCUGAUCAUCAUCUCCUUCUGCAGUCUUUCUGUUCUCUGCGUUCUGAUUCGUCCAGGGCCAGGGGAACAGGGCAGGGAGAGGGAGAGGGUUGACCAAUCAAAGCAGAGGGCUUUCUACACCAUUGUGGCCAUACUGGGAGUGCUGUUGUUGAGGUGUGUUUGGAAUCUGGUUUUGGGUGUUCUUACUAUGUCGAUAGGAAAUAGUUAUUGUGUGAUGAUGUCUUGUGGACUCUGGUUUAACCUCCCUGGCAGUCUGGUGUUGCCUCUGCAUUUUCUACACAGAGCAGGAACAUUAUGGUGUCGUAAGAACAACGCCACAUGAGGACAUGGAUAAGAUAAAAUUUGUAUUGAUAAUUAUCAUCAUGUUAAUUUUCUAUGGCUAACAUGUUAGCAAUCAAUUGUCUAUUUAAACAUCAUUUAAGCAUCUGGUCUCCACCUACUGCUAAAUACUGUCUCUGUCACUUUAGCUGCUAGAUUUUCAACUUCGUUCACCAGUUACUUGCUAACUUUGUCUGUGUGCUGUUUGAUGUUGAACAAUUGGUUUAGCUUCAGUGGUUGAACCAGAGAUGCUCUGCUGAAGACAGAUGAGAGCACUGAGACUAAACCUUACAGUUUUGGUUUUACUGUAAAUGUGCUGCAAAACCAAAACAAAGUUAAAGGGAUUGGGUGAGAAUGCUUUCACUUACUCAGUUAGUUUAAUAGUUAUUCAUAUGCAUUUGACAAGAAUCUUGUUAUUAUCGGUUAUCUAUUCCAUUUUAUUUUUGGAUUUGUUUAAUUGUCUGAUUGGAUUUGCCUCAUUGCCUGUUGAAAUAUUUUAAU